AUGUAUAAAGCACUCAUCGCGAACUACUUAUUGAGAGAACGACGAAGUAAUCAUUCUUUCUCCACGGGUCUACAGAAAUUUCUCUAUUUGAUUCUUUUACAUACAUCCGCUCAGUUCAUUGUUUUGGUAUCUUAUAUCAUCGAUUCGCAGCUUACAUUCCACUGGAUUUUACAUAUUACUACUGAUAAACUCUUCUUCAAUAACAAUUUACCCGCACAUAAAUAA